AUGGAGGCGUGCCGCUACAUCAUCAACGAGCUCAAGGCGUCCGUGCCCAUUUGGAAGAAGGAGGUGUACGACGACGGCGAGGUCUGGAAGGAGAACCGUAUGCCUCUGUUAGAGCAAUUAAAAAAAUCUGCUGUGGAUGAUCAGCAAUGGCUCACGUACUGGGUGUUGUACUCAUUUAUCACUCUAUUCGAGCUCAUCUUUGCUCCAGUACUCAAAUGGCUCCCUUUCUGGUCUUAUGCAAAACCAUUUCUCAAUUGCUGGUUAGUAUUGCCAUGGUUUAAUGGAGGUGCACAUGUAUAUGAGCAUUUUGUGAGGCCAAUGAUUGUAAAUCAGCAACUUUGUGUGCUUCUGGUAUAUUCCAAUGAAGGAUGA